ACUGUCGCCUCCGCGAGGAUAAAUAGGCUCUUCGCCUUUAACUGUACCCCACUGUGCACACCAAUGCAGCGGCAUCCUCCUUCUCCACCCGUCGGCCCCACAGAAAGAUGUGCCGUCUGCUCGCUGCUAAUAAUAGCCGAUCUCAUUCUUACCACGCCGACGCCUUAUUGCAUUAUGGAUGCCCCCGGUACGGUGUCCCUGCAAGGUAGCGUGGGAACCUCUCAGUAGAGGCGGUGCCCGCUGUGCGUCUCGGGGGGCUAAAUGCUCCAGCGUCCCCGCAAGAGCAUCUCGUUUCAACCGCACCGGGGGCCAUGGCUGCAUAGCGUGAGUCUAGCCCAGCCGUGCUGACUGGGGAAGGGGGUGUGGGGGGGGUGCGCUUCUUUUGGAGACUCGGUUCCCCGCAUGCCGGAUUCAGGUCCGCGUGAGCGCUAUGCGGGAGUAUAAGGUGGUGGUGCUCGGCAGCGGCGGGGUGGGCAAGUCCGCCCUGACCGUGCAGUUCGUCACCGGGACGUUCAUAGAGAAGUACGACCCGACCAUCGAAGAUUUCUACCGGAAGGAGAUCGAGGUGGACUCCUCUCCGUCGGUGCUGGAGAUCCUGGACACGGCCGGCACCGAGCAGUUCGCCUCCAUGCGGGACCUUUACAUCCGGAACGGCCAAGGCUUCAUCCUGGUCUACAGUCUGGUCAACCAGCAAAGUUUUCAGGACAUCAAGCCCAUGAGGGACCAGAUCAUCCGGGUGAAAAGGUAUCAGCAGGUGCCGGUGGUGCUGGUGGGCAAUAAGGUGGACCUGGAGGAGGAGAGGGAGGUGUCCCCCAGCGAGGGCCAGGCGCUGGCCGAGGAUUGGGGCUGCCCCUUCAUGGAGACGUCGGCCAAGAGCAAGACCAUGGUGGACGAGCUCUUCGCCGAGAUCGUGAGGCAGAUGGACUUCUGCCCUCUGCCGGACCGGAGAGAGGCCUGCUGCCCCGCCUGCAGCGUGCAGUAGCAGCCUGCCGGGGGGGAGGGGCGGCGGACGGUCGGCAGUUAGAAUGCACAUUAGUCAUGUUAGAUAGAUUGAAGAUGGAGGGAUUUUAAAAGGGGAGAUCCACUCUUUUCUGAAACUGUUUAGACCUGCUUUCUGUAUCGAGCAGUUUAGGCCGGUGCGUUCUGGGAAAUGUAGGAAAUCCCCAACUGAUGCAGAAGUAGACGGGAGAGGGAACUUUAGUAGACGGGGAAAAUUCAACUUCAACAUACAUCACUCUUCGGACACAGACUGGAUUUUUCCCUUGAAAGAAUAACAAAAAAAAAGAGAGAGAGAGACAACACUCGACCUCCCACAUUCAUCACCGUUCCUCCUGGUUAACAGGAGCAGACGUUCAGGGUUUCCCAAAGGCAGCACGGUGCCAAAACCAUCUUUGAAAAGCCAUCGACAAAGAGGAUCAUAGUGCUAAAACGGCUUUUUUGGGAAAUCCAGCCAUCGGUCCAAGCAGGGGGUGUGGCCUCUUCUCUUCUGCUCGUGUUUUUUUUUUUUUUGCACUCCUGGGACUCUUUUUUUUUUUUUUUGACCCGUCACCAGGUAUCUGAAGUAACACCACUGUGACGGAGUCGCACUGGAAGUUAAUUUCACAGCUGGCCCGCCUAAAAUAUGAAUGAUUUAACUAGAUGAGAGAAUGUUUUAAAAAAAAAAAAAGAAGAAGAAAAAAAAAAAAAAAGGGAACCGCACCUUUGGGGAAAUUCACUCAGAAGAUCCCAAAUGUUGACAUACUGUGGAUGAUGUGUGCAUGAAGUUGUACCGUCACACCGACAUUGAGUAUCGACCUCACCCAAAGAGACAGUAUCAAUCAAUCAACUGAUGAAACAAUCAACCGGACACUUGUCUUUACACCUUACAGAUGAUACAAAUGCCUUGUUACAUUGUAUGAAGUGAACAUCAGUGUCAGUGUAUAGUUCUUUUAUCUUAAAGUCACAUCGGAUAUGUUAGUGGUUCAAUGUGAGAAACACUUAUU